GGCGGCGGGGUCUGCCUGACCCCACGCGGGGCCGGUGGCGAGGGGGCGGCCCGGGCUGAGGCCGCUCGCGGGUCUCGCUGCGGUGGCCGAGACGCUGCGGGGUCGGCGGGUGUGCGGCGGGGUGCUGAGCGGCCGCCCCGCCGCUCUGACCCGCAGCCCGGGGGUGGGGGGGCCUGGAGGCCCUCGCACGGGUCUGGUGAGCCGGGGAGACACCCCAUUGCAGCGCCGAGCCGCCCUGCGGGUGGGAGGCUGCCCUGCUCCGGUGUGAGCCGUUUUAAAGCGAGGAGCAGAAGUUGGGCAGGAGAAUGAAAGCCAUGACUACAGCCUACCCUGGCUAAAGGUGCUCUCUGAAUGGUAGCAUUUUAGUCUAUUAUUGAAUAGCUCGUCUGCGUGGGAGCGGAACUUUUGUGGAGGUAGCUCAGCUUCCAGAGAAACUGCAGACUUCCCACCGUGGAUUGGUCACCUUCCUGUAUACCAGCCCUGAGGCUGCUAUGAGUGACUCAUCCUUGCUGUUUAUGGCUGGAACAAACACUGUAGAAGAGCAGAGGGCUCGCUGGGAGAGAAAGCGCAGCCGGACAGCUAAAGAGCUGCUGGAAACUGAACACAAAUACCUCGAGCAGCUGGAUUUGGUGGUCACAUUCUUCGUGACAAUUUUAAAGGCCAAAGGGACACUGAAUCCUGCUGUGUUGGAAACCAUAUUUGGACCCCUGGAAUCCAUAUAUUCAGCCAGCCAUGUUCUGUCGCAUCACCUGGAGAGAGGGAAUUUGGGACCAGGACUGGAAAAUUUCUGUCAGAAUCUAGAGCUUUAUGGCCACUACACUGAGAAUUUUGAGCAGGCAAAUAAAACCUUGAAGGAGCAAUUGAGGAAAAAUAAGGCAUUUCGACGGUUUAAGAAACUCCAGGAGACUCGACCUCAGUUUCAAGGGAGGAAGCUAGAGGAUCUUCUUCCUUUGCCGCUGCAGAGGCUGCACCAGUACAAGCAUUUUUUCAGAGACCUACUGGAGAACACCAGCCCAGACAGUACUGAGUACCAGAAACUCACAAAGGCUGUGAAAUCUAUUUCUGAGGUAUCUCAGUGGGUCCAAGACAUCAUUCAUAAGAGAGAGAACUCAUUGCAGCUACUUCGGGUUCAGAAACUGCUCAAAGGACAGAAGACCCAGGUUUUGACUCCAGGGCGCUGGUAUAUCCGGGAAGGCUGGCUUUUGGUGGUGCCUUCAAAGGGAGAAGAACUGAAGCGCAGGAUGUUCUUCCUAUUUUCUGAUAUCUUUAUUGCAACCAAGCCCUGCCACCCACUGCACCUGCUGAACUCGAACAAACUGGCAUGCGAGGCUGUCUACCCGCUUCACCAGUGCACAGUGGAUAAAGUGUUUGGCCACACGCAGAGCCAGGGAGGGCUCCUCAGUCUUUCCUUUCCACACAAGACACUGUUGUUGAUGUCCAGCGACCAAGAAGAUAUUAAUGACUGGUAUUGGAGUCUUACAGCUGCAGUCAGGCAGAUGAAAAUCUGACUCACCUGAGUACAAGACAACCUGGUAGGACUACCGCCCCUCUUGAUAGAAGCCUACACAAUCUUAGGAAAUGUUCAAGGACAUAUAGUAGGCGAAUAGCAUUUAGAGGGACUACAUGCUGUGCUUGUGAGGUGAUGAAUGCUUUGUCAGGUGUCCUAAUCUUAAUACAGCUAUUGCAAAAAAUAGGUAUGCACACUAAGGAUUUGUAUAUAAAAAAAAUCUGUAUCAAGACUUUUCCCCAACUUAGCUUAGAAGCUUCUAGCUUUUCUACAGUUUUUUUCCCCCUCAGAUUAUUAAUUUAAGGACAAGUAGAAGAGAGGCUGACUUGCUUUCCCUCAUGAAAUGUUUUUAAACAACACUUUCUAAAUCAGUGUUUUCACAUUUGUUUACGUGUAUGUCUACCUGCUCUUG